AUGGCGCACUGGCGUUGUGCGCCCGAGCUAAAUCUGGCUACACCCCAAACCACUUACUUUUAUUAUGAUUUACCGAGAAUAUUAUCAAUUGAACCGCUCAUGAAUAAAGUGCAGAAUUACCAGCAUCUGGGACGCCAUUUUGAAGGGAUAUCUCGCAUUGUGAGUGAUUGGGAUGAUACAAUCACAGCCAAAGACACUAUUGCGGUCAUUUUCGAUGUCCUCGGGAAAGAUACGCAGUACGGAUUUGACUAUUUCUUCAAAUUUUACAUGGAUAGCUUUGACAAGUUCCAGAACGAGAUACUACCGGGAAAAUCAUAUAGUUUGCGCGACUGUCUUGAGCGCGAGAUAAUGUAUCAGAAAGCAAUCAAAGAAAGCGAAAAAAGCUCGAUCAAUGAGGCGGUCCGCCUAGCGGUUUUUCGAGGCAUAGGAAAGUCAACUUUUGAGAACCUUGUCAAAAAGAUACCCAUCAGAGCCGGCUUUGAGAGCUUCUACAACUAUAUAUGCAACACUAAUAUGCAUUUUAGUGUUCUGAGCAUCAAUUGGACUGGAUUGAUGAUUGCCAAGUAUUUUGCGUCUUUCAAAAAACUGCCGGAUCAGAUAUUAGUCAACGAGUUUGAAUUUGACUCCAACGAUAUAUGCACAGGAAACGUCGUCACAGACAUAGACAUUCGCACAGGUUACGAUAAAUUGGAACUCACCAAAGAGCUCGUGAGGAAUGAAAGAGCCAUAUACGUGGGCGACUCCUCCACAGACGUCCUGAGCAUGAUUUACUGUGAUAAGGCUAUCAUUAUCAAAGGCGGUUCGGCCAGCAGGACGCUUUCUCGGCUUGGCUACAAGGUGUAUAGUAUCAACGAUGAGAUCAGCGAGAAAGAGGCUAAGUUCGUCAAAUAUCUUGAAAUUGAGGAUUGGAACGAUCUGCUACAGAUUUUGAAGAGCUAA